AUGUUAAGAAUCUGCGUAAAAAGGCCCUGUAUAAAGAUCGUUCUUUCACAAGUACGUCCAGCAUUACUAGUAAGGAAGGAGAAUCUCCACAUAAGUACUGGAGUAAAAGUUGAAAAGAGCAGUAUAAUAAACCAAAAGGACCCUAAUAAAGUACGCGUUGAGAUAAACGAGUUAAAGAGACAAGCUGAAAUUGAAAAGGCUGCAAUAAAGGAAUUGGAGAAAAAUCCUCAAUACCAAAAAUUAGCUGAAGCAUUCAACAGUCAUGAUCAUGUUCAUUUACGUGAAUCAGAGACCGAGCAAAACGACAUAAUUUCAUUGGGCACGAUACGAGACUACAAAAGCAGUAAAUGUGAGCAAGCUGAUAAGCCUUCGUCGUUGAAUCUGCAUUCGCAUACACAUUCUCAUGGACAUACGCAUUCUCAUGCUGCUCACAAUCCAUUAUUAGUACUUAGUACUGAGCAAAUUAGGAAAAAUGCAGGCGUAAGAAUCACAUGGGUCGGCUUAGGUGUAAACGUUGGUAUUGCUAUAGGUAAAUUUUUUGGAGGUAUCGUAUUUCAUUCACAAGCGUUGUUUGCGGAUGCUAUCCACGCAAUAAGUGACAUGGUUUCUGACUUGUUGACUUUGCUUUCGGUAGGGCUAGCAGCCAACAAGCCAACCGCUGAUUAUCCAUAUGGGUAUGGCAAAAUUGAAACUGUUGGUUCCUUGGCAGUUUCAACAAUAUUAGCCAUGGCUGGUAUAUCAAUAGGUUGGAGUUCCCUUUGUGCACUCGUAGGGCCUGUUAUCCCACAUACAAUCAUUGACACCAUAGGAAACUUAGGUCAUGCUCAUACUUAUUCUGAAGACAUUAUUGAAGACGUUACUGAUAUCAACGCAGCCUGGAUUGCCGCCGCUUCCAUUGCAGCUAAAGAAUGGAUAUUUAGAGCCACAAGAAAGAUUGCUAUCAACACUAAUUCAAAUGUACUAAUGGCAAAUGCUUGGCAUCACCGUGUUGAUUCAUUAACUUCUCUUGUUGCUCUGGUUGCAAUCAGUACUGGUUAUUUGGUUAAUAUACAAUCAUUAGACACGAUUGGUGGUUUAAUUGUUUCUGGUUUAAUUAUCAAGGCUGGUGGCGAGGGUAUGUGCAUCGCAAUAAAGGAGUUAAUCGAUCAGUCAGUUUCUCGUGAUGAUCCACGCUACCUAGAGAUAGAAACUUUGGUUAAAGAUACGUUGAACAAACUGAUCUCUAAUAAUAAUUCUCAGAAACCCUAUGGAUUGAAAGAACUGACGUUACUGUCCUCAGGACCGAAUUUACGCGGACAUUUAACCUUGGAAGUUCCUUUACAAAAAUGGGGCAAUAUUUUAGGUGUUAACGAGUUUGAAAUUGUGACACAUCAUUUACGUAAUGUGUUAACCAAUGAAGUAUCGAAUUUGAGAAGACUGGAUAUUGAAUACGUGGAAGAAAAAAAUGGUGAGGAAAAUGAGCAUAUCAAGGGACAACAAAACUACAAAGAAGAUGUUCUUAUUAAGCACGACCAUACGAAUACUCAUAUUUGA